CGCUGCUGCUCGCCCCCCACCCGCACGCGCCCCCUUCUGCUCAUCCCCUCUCCCCCAACCCUUCGGGCGACUCUGCGCAGGCGCUGCGGGCGCCGACGGGUGCGGGCGGCGCCCCCUGGCGGUCACGCAGGAGCUUCUCCCGGCGGCCGGACGCGGGUUCGAGUCCCGCUCUCUCCGCUCGCCGCGGCCGCCAUGUCGUUUCUCGACCCCCGCCGCGCCCCGCGGCUGCCCGGCGGCUUCGAGGAGUUGCUGCAGGGGAUGGCGCGGGAGGUGCUAAGGGCGCAGCCCGACGACGUGCUGGGCUUCAUCGCCCGAUACUUCCAGGCGCUGCUGGCUGAGAGGGAGCAGAGCUCCGCCGCCCGAAGGGCCGAAGACGGGGAGAUGGGAGAGGACGAGGAGGCCGAGGCCGAGGCGCCGCGGAGCAGCGGGGCGGUGAUGGAGCGCCAGCGCAGCCCUCGCGAUGAAGACCCGACGGCCGAUUUCCUGACCUCUCAAGAAGCUGCUACGAAAAUCCAGGCUGCGUUCCGGGGCUUCUGCACGCGGCGGGGGCUGCGCAGAGCCUUCUCGGAGCCCCCCCAGGACAACCCGUAA